UCCAGCUUAACUAUUCGAUGUAACGUUAGAAUGGGUAAAAAGAGAGAUCUAAGGGACUUUGAGCGUGGUAUGAUCGUCGGUUCCAGGCGCGCAGGGUCCAGUAUAUCACAAACGGCCGCCCUCCUGGGCUUUUCACGCACUACCGUGUCUGUGGUUUACCGAGAAUGGCGCGACAAACAAAAAACAUCCAGUCAGCGCCAGUCUAGUGGGCGUAAACAGCUCGUUGAUAAGAGGGGUCGAAGGAGAUUGGAAAGAAUCGUGCAAACUAACAGGCGGGCUACAAUUAGACAAAUAACGGCGCAGUACAACAGUGGUGUGCAAAACUGCAUCUCUGAAUGCACAACUCGUCGAUCCUUGUCACGGAUGGGCUAUUGCAGCAGACGGCGGGCACAUGAGGAGUGGAAAAACACCGCCUGUGUAGAUAAGGUACGGGAACUUGUCCUGGACAACAGCCGAUCAAAUGAAGGGAAAAUCGAAGGCCUCACAGAAGAAUUCGUCAAUCUGGAAUUCCUCAGUUUGAUAAAUGUUGGCUUAUUCUCAGUUUCCAACCUUCCCCGACUUGGGAAACUCAAAAAGUUGGAACUCGGUGACAACAGAAUCUCUGGUGGCCUUGACAUGCUAGCAGAGAAACUCCCCAACCUCACACAUCUAAAUCUAAGUGGGAACAAACUGAAAGACAUCAGCACAUUGGAACCUUUGAAAAAGCUGGGCAGCCUGAAGUGUCUGGACUUGUUCAACUGUGAGGUGACCAACCUGAACGACUACAGGGAGAGUGUGUUCAAGCUGCUCCCUCAGCUUACCUACCUGGACGGGUACGACGUGGAGGACCGAGAGGCAUCUGACGUGGAUGGGGUGGACGACGAUGAUGAGGGAGGAGCAAAGGAUGAGGAUGGAGAAGAGGAAGACUUUGACGAGGAGGAUGAUGAAGUCAGCGGUGACAAAGAGGAAGAAGACCUUGGUAUUGAUGAUGAGGAUGACAAUGAAGUUGAGGCUGUCCAAGGAGAGAAGAGAAAGCAAGAGCCUGACGACAAUGAUGAUUAUGAACAAAAAAAGAAAGGCAAUCAAGUUACCAACCCCUUCCCUCUCCGCCCUGACACCCACCCACACCCUGCCUACUCCACGUCUCUCCCCCAGCUUUGAGCCCCCGUGUGGGGAAAGACUGUACCGGACAGGUGGUUCAAGUGGAGCUGCCUCCGCCCCAUGGAACCGAGAGCCAUCCUCAAGGAGCGCACCACACCGCAUUCCACUUUUUUACUGUC